CAACCGUGUUUCACGAGGAACCAAAACCACUGAAAAGGAAACAGGCCCGGAACGCGACCCUGCUGCAACCAACACAACUGAUGAUGUGUGCAGAUUAAGUACACUGUGUCACCUGAUGUAUGUAUGUGUGGGUGUGUGUGUGUUUGUGUUUGUGUGUUUGUGUGUGUGUGUUUGUGUUUGUGUUUGUGUGUGGUGUGGUGUGUGUGUGUGUGCUUGUGUGUGUGACAGCGCAGUAGGGGUUUAAUUGUGAGACAACAGUGCAGUCAUGUUUUGUGCGUUUCAAUUGUUGAGCAGAGCCUGUUGAAGGUACAGACACGCUCAUGGACUCAUACAUCUCCUGUUGCUGGCUAGUGCUCUACCUUUUCUUUGGCGGUGGUUCUACAGUAACCAUCCAAGGCUAUGUCGGUGACGUUGUGACCCUAACAUGUAAGUAUGACGCCCGGCAUUAUGGUACACUCUCUGUCUGCUGGGGUCGUGGUCACAUCCCCAACAGCGGCUGUGGCAAUGAGGUCCUCAGGACGGAGGGAGUCAAAGUGACCCACAGGGCUUCGGUCCGGUACAAUCUCCAGGGUGAUCUGAGGGCAGGGGAUGUCUCUCUGACCAUCACCCAAGCACAGGUGAAGGAUUCUGGGUUAUAUGGCUGCCGUGUGGAUAUACCUGGAUGGUUCAAUGACCAGAAACACCAUCUGGCACUCGUCAUCAAGUCCGCUCCUGAAACAACCCCUGAACCGUGGAUCCCUAGAGAGAGCACAACAGUUGGCUACACUAAAGCUCCUGAAACAACCCCUGAACCGUGGAUCCCUAGAGAGAGCACAACAGUUGGCUACACUAAAGAGCAAACCACAACAAUGCAGACAACAAUGGGUUUGUCAGUACCUCCAGACCCUCCCAGAGUGGCAAUCCGAGAAAUAUCAGCUAGGUCCAUCUCUGUAUGGUGGAACGCUGGCUUCGAUGGAAACACCCCCAUCACAGGUUUCCACCUGGAAUGCAAGAGCCAAUCGGACUCCUGGGUAGAUGGAGUACGAGGCAGCAAUAUUCUGCCUUGGAAGAGAGAGACCGCUGUCAAUGACCUGCGACCCUUUUACACCUACAACAUCCGCAUGUUCACCAAGAACGACAUGGGCUUGAGUAAACCCAGCAACGAGCUCACCAUCACCACUAAGGAAGCAGCCCCUGAUGGUCGCCCACAGGAUGUGAAGCUUGAAGCCCUUUCCUCCCACAGCAUCAGAGUCACAUGGAGGGCCCCUGAGUUGUCCCUCCAGAACGGGCUGAUCCGGGGCUACCAGCUCCGCUACGGUGAGUACAGUCCCCAAGAACGGCUUCCUGUCAGGGUGGUGCAUCUGAUGGAUGGAUCAGAGAGCUUCACCAUGAACAGCCUGCAGGAGGCGACAAAGUACAGUGUGACGCUGCACACCAUCAACAGAGCGGGCCUGGGGCCGUCUUCACAGGAGCUUGUCUGCUCCACUCUGACUAAUGAUGAUCAGCAGCAUAUGACAACAACUCAAGCAACAACAGCACUUCAGACAGAACAUUCAACCUCAACCAUUGCGACAACAACAUCUUCAACUGAGACAUGGCUGCUUGUCACUGACAGUCCCACUCAAGGUCAGAGGGUAGACGACUUCUCAACUACUAGAGCACUAAGUAACUCUACGACUGACCCAGCAUUGAGUAAAAAAGAACAGAGCGGUCAUCUUGUUGCCAUCCUAGUGCCAGUGCUGGUGCUGGGGCUGCUUGUUGUCAUGGCGAUCAUAUGGCAAUUUAGGCGUACCACAUUGAAAAAAGGCAACUGGAAAAUAUUAUGGAAGAACAACGACAAUCUGUCCUACGGGGACUCCGAGCCAGCACUGUAGAGACCUCAAGAUCAUGCAGUGGUCACCGUGGGGUUAACAUAAAGAGUAAGAUGAUGUAUAUGAUGUCAACUAUGCCAUAGUGAUAGGAAGUGUUACUAAUCGACCGGGGCCUCCCACUGAACUGAUAUUGAAAGAGUACUUAUCUUACAAUGAGAUCAACUGCAAUGUACACGAUGUGACGUUUGUGUGCACAUGUUAAUAAAUGCUUGCUUAUAGCU